UAGCCUGCUAAUGAUAUCAACUUCAGGCUCCUCCGGAAUCAGCCGUUUGUUUACACAUUUCUUCGGCUUUAGGGAGCAUCGUUGAAGCAGUCGUGAGGAGAAACUAAAGCAGCAGAGUUGGAAAGUCUGACUAUUUACUUCAAAAAUGCCCUUGUUUGGCAACAUAUUCAGUCCCAAAAAAACACCACCUCGGAAGUCUGCAUCCCUUUCCAAUCUACAUACACUGGAUCGGUCAACACGGGAGAUUGAAUUAGGUCUGGAAUAUGGCUCUCCGGUGAUGAAUAUUGGUGGCCAGAGCUUGAAAUUUGAAGAUGGCCAGUGGAUUUCAGAGUCAGGAGGUAAUGUAUCGGGAAGAGAGGUACAGCGACUAAAGAAAAGGAAUCUACAAUUAGAAGAGGAGAAUAAUCUCCUCAGGCUAAAGAUUGAGGUUCUUCUUGAUAUGCUUUCAGAGUCAACAGCAGAAACACAUCUAAUACAGAAGGAACUUGAAGAUGUGAAGAGUAAUUCUCGGAGAAAGAAGUGAUGAAAGGAAAUAAAGGGGAUUCAGUCUUUUUUACAAAGAAAUUGGUGGAGCUAUUGCAAGACUAUUUUUAAAUAUCACUUACAUAUUACACAAUAAUUUUUUUAUAUCACUUUGCAUAUUUUCUUUUUUAAAAUUUUUACUGUUUUAUUGCCAAUUAUGUGGAAAAAUAGGUGUUUUUUUUUUUUGUUUAGUUCUAAUUAAUAAUUUCAGUUAAUGUCCUGUUUAUUUUGCCUUAUAAAUAACUGUGUUGGAUUGGAAAUGCAUUAAAAACUUAAUAAAAAACGUAAUAAAUAUAAAUAA